GGUUUCGCCGGAAAAAUGACCAACAACAUGGGAAGAAAUCUCAUACAUUACCAAGUCACUGACCCAAGCGAUGACCCUAUAAACCCACGUCCAGGUACUCUCAGAUACGGCGCCACAAUGAUCAAACACAAAGUCUGGAUCACAUUCCAAAAAGACAUGCACAUUGUGCUUCAGAAGCCUCUUCUAAUCAGCAGCUUUACGGCCAUCGACGGCCGAGGUGCCACCGUCCACAUCACCGGAAACGCCUGUCUGAUGGUGCUCAGAGCCACCAACAUUAUAAUCCACGGCCUUAUCAUCCACCACUGCAGGUCUCAGGCGGCGGGAGAAGUCAUGGGCCCCAAUUCUAAGGUAAUUUCACUUGGACACGUUGACGGAGAUGCGAUCCGUUUAGUAACGGCCUCGAAUGUUUGGAUUGACCACAACACGCUGUACCGGUGCGAGGAUGGGUUGCUUGACGUCACCCGUGGGUCCACUGACAUCACCAUUUCCAACAAUUGGUUCCGGGACCAAGACAAGGUUAUUCUUCUUGGUCAUGAUGAUGGUUAUGUUCGAGAUCGGAACAUGAAAGUCACUGUCGUCUAUAACCAUUUUGGACCAAAUUGUAACCAAAGAAUGCCCAGGAUUCGAUAUGGGUAUGCACACGUGGCAAAUAAUUUAUACCAAGGUUGGACGCAAUACGCAAUUGGAGGGAGCAUGAAUCCAAGCGUGAAGAGUGAAGCCAACCUUUUCAUCGCAUCAAAGUCAAAACAGGUCAUAUGGAGCACUGGGAAUGUAGAGGAGGCAAAAUGGAAGUUUCACUCAGUGAGAGACGUAUUUGAAAACGGAGCAUUGUUUACAGAAAUUGGAGUGGGGAGAGGAAGAGUAAAGCCAAAUUACAACCCCCAACAGCGGUUUCCAGUGGCAGAUGCUAAGUGGAUCAGAGCAUUGACAAGCUCCUCCGGGGCAUUGCGCUGCACAUCAAAUUCAAAAUGCUGA